CUGGCCCACUGCAACACACUCCUGGGGGGGACCAGGGGCCCAUCUGGUCUGAGCUUUAAUUUGGGGGCUGAGCCCAGUGUCAGCCACCCAGCAGGUGCCCACCAGGUGGUCACUAAGGAACCAGCAUGAGAUGGGCCCAGGCGGCCUCUCCUGCCUGUCUCUCUAACGGGCCCAGCCCCCCAGGUCUCCUGUCUGUGUCAGACUCUCCUGGGGGAGUUUGGGAAGGACCUUCGUAAUAACGGCCCAUCCUGAUAAUCCAGAAUAAGGACCUCAUCUCAAGAUUAGCAACCUUACUACCGGUACCCUCUCGACGUAAUGUUACAUAUUCCAAGGCUUAGGGGUGCACAUCUUUCCCCCAAAAACAAGCCAGGCUUCUACAGUUCAGCCAGGAUGGCCGAGUGUUAGCCCCCAGUUUGGCUUCGAGGCCCAGGGGCCUCCCAAUCCCCCCAGAGAGCGUGGAGGCCUAGCUGUUCUGGGCCCAGCCCUGGCUGCUGAGGCAUUGGGGGGCUGUGGCCUCUGGGUUAUCUGCCUGCUGCAGGCACCCACCCCAGGAGUGUCCAGGGGCCCCAGAGUGGAGGUGGCCCUGCUGACGGAGCUCUUGCCAGCCUGAGCAGGGCCCUUACCCCGGCAUGUGGCUCCUUCUGCUGCUGUGCUGGGCCGUGAUGGGUGAGCUCAUGGGGACACCGUCGGGGGCAGAAGGGACUACUGCCAGGGCCUUGGGGAGGCAGGCUGAGGGUGCAGGGGUGCCAGGGAGCGCAGGAGAGGGACCCGGAGGCACGGAUGCUUCCAGGAGCCUGAGGACAGCAGGGGAAAGCUGUGGGCUUGAGUCUCAGACCAGCCUCUCACUGCACAGCGUGGCCUGGUGGCUGGGUCCCUGAGCUGGACGCACUGUUUACUCAGCCAGCAAACGGCUGAUGAUUCUGAGUGUUGCGCCCUCGAAAGAGCUUCUGGGAGCGAAGGCGCUUGUGGAGUCCUGGGCCUCCCUUCCGGCCUUGGCAGGAGGCUCUCUGGGUGGUGUCGCGUCCCCCCUCCACCCCGGGCUCCCUGCUUACUACCUCCGCACCCUCCCUUUUUCCAGUCACCAGCAGCUUCUCCGUGGAGCCAGAGAAGUCACCCAUGAGACCUUCAUUGCCUACAAAGUCCUGGAGGUUUUCCCCAGACGCCGCAGGGUGGUCAUAACGUGCCACUCACCCCAGGCACCCCCGCCCGUCACCUACUCCCUCUGGGCGGGCCAGGGCACUGAGGUCGCCAAGAAGAUGGUGAAGACCGGAGACCCGGCCUCCUUCAGCAUCAACAUCACGCUCAAGUCCAGGCCAGACCUGCUCACGUACUGCUGCCAGGCGGCCUCCCCCGAGGGCACGCACUCAGCCAGCACCAAGCUGCAGAUGUACUGGGAGCUGUGGACCAAGCCCGUGUCCCAGCUGCAAGCUAACUUCACCUUGCUGGACAGAGGGUCAGGCCCCAGGGUAGAGAUUUCCUGCCAGGUGUCCUCGGGCAGCCCACCCAUCACCUACAGCCUGGUCGGGAAGGAUGGGACCGUCCACACGCAGCAGAGGCCGAACUACGGUCAGCCGGCCAAGUUCACCUUCACCCUUACCAACAAGUCCACCAGGCUCCAGUGCCAGGCUGAAAAUGACAUCAGUGUCCAGUUCAGCCCCUUCAAGCUGGUGCCCCCAGGACAGCUGCCCCAGGGAGCCAUCGUGGUGCUAGGGAGCAGCCUCAUCUCCAUUGCAGCUGUCACCUGCUGGUUGCUGGCCCAGGCCUGGUGGACCAGGUUGUGACCAGAAGAGGCAAGCUUGACAGAGUCCCCUCCGGAGGGCCCCGGUCUUCAUCCACGAUGGAAGGACCCACCACUUGAAUGAAGAAAAAGCCCGCCCGCCCUGGUUCUGAUGACACCCACACGGUGUUAGGCUGAGGAUUUUCGGAUGGAGUGGGCUGUGAUGCAAGGGGCCGGUCCAUAGGAAGUGGGGGAGCUCUGUGUGUCCCCGUCCUCACCCCUAAGCUGCUUGUCACCAUCCACGCCGGUGUGGAGAGAAAGUAGCGUACACUGGGAAAAGUCCCGGCUGCACCAACCCACCUCCCCCAUAGUUGUUCCCCUCGUCCCUGGAGUGGCAGCCCACUCCCGGUGACCUAGCUGUCUGGCCCCGCCUCCUCACCUGGGAGGACUCUGAGCCCUUCUCCCCCACCCCAGCACCCCUGCAUUAAUCCUCGCCUGCCAAUUGGCAAAAAGUGUCUGGAGUUCCUCCCUGCCAGUCGGCUUGUGACUGGGAAACGCAGCCUCACCCCACCCCCACUCAGCCUUCUUGGUUUCGAUGCUCUAAAUCAUUGGGGGGUGGGGGUGGGGGAGGAGAACUGGAUUAAACCCUGAGCUCUGCCUGUCACCCUGGAAA